AUGGAACAGUUUAGUUUUAUAUUAAAUGGAGAUAUAUAUUCAAGAUAUAAUUCAUAUAAUAACAUUGAGGCAUUAAAAAAGGAUAUUAUAAAUAAAUGUCCUAAAAAAAUAGACAUUGGAGCAAUAUACACUGCGAGGCCAGCAGAUAAGAGAUCCCUUAAACCAUCAGCAUUUAAGCCAGUUGAAAAGGAAUUGGUAUUUGAUAUUGAUAUGACAGAUUAUGAUGAGAUUAGAACAUAUGAUUUUGGAUUUAACCAUUUAUUGUGGGUAUAUUCAGGUAGACGUGGUGUUCAUUGUUGGGUUUGUGAUGAAAUUGCCAGAAAAUUAGAUGACAGUGAGAGAAAGGCUAUUGUAUCAUACUUGGAAGUUAUUAAGGGUGGCGCACAAGCACAGAAAAGAGUUAACCUUCAUGGGCACUUGCAUCCUUCCAUAAGUCGAUCUUUAAGUAUAAUAAACCAAUAUUUUGAUGACUUAAUAUUGAAGGAUCAAGAUGUUUUGAAAGAUGAAAAUUGUUGGAAUAAAGUAUUAGGAUGUAUUCCUAAUGAAGAAAUAAAAAACACUUUAACAAAACAUUGGUUGGAAAACCCAUCACAAACAUCUUCAGAUAGGUGGAAGAAUAUAACAGAUGAAUUAAAUAAAAAAAAUUUAUCAAUGUGUGAAAAUGAAAUCAUUCUUCAAUAUGCAUAUCCAAGGCUUGAUAGAGCAGUAUCAACAACCAUUAAUAGGUGGAAGAAUAUAACAGAUGAAUUAAAUAAAAAAAAUUUAUCAAUGUGUGAAAAUGAAAUCAUUCUUCAAUAUGCAUAUCCAAGGCUUGAUAGAGCAGUAUCAACAACCAUUAGUCACUUAUUGAAAAGUCCAUUUUGUGUACAUCCUAAUACAGGUAGAGUAUGUGUUCCAAUUUUACCAGAAACUUGUGAUGAUUUUGAUCCAUUAAGCUCACCAACAGUUAGCCUGUUGGUUGAUGAAUUGGAAAGAGCACAUGCUAUACAUCCAGUUACAAAAGAUUUUUAUUCAAAAACAUCUUUGAAAUCUCAUAUAAAAUAUUUUAAUGAAUUUGUCAGACAACUUCCAAAAGAAGUUCAUGGUAAAGUAAAGUGGUAA